AUGUUACCCCGUAUUCAACGAGUAGAUAUAGCAGCCGCUGCACCAGAGCAGCCUAACCGGGAAUUCGCUCAAAUAAAGUCGAUAAUCAACGAGAUCAAGGCUAUCUACAACCAGGGCACUCCGCUGUUUACAAAAGAAGCCAUACGGAAGGUUGGUCAAAAACUCGAGGUUUGCAAGACAGUUACUUCGGGUGGUCGAUAUGUUACACUACGGGGCAUCAAUGGAAUGGAUUAUACGAACUUCGUUUAUCUUCCCUCGGAAGAAACCAUGUCAGAAGCCGAGUUAUUCGUUGGGGGCUCGACUUGGAUUAUUAACUACCGCCCAAUUGAGUUUCUUAUAAGGGAGAUAGGCGUUGCGUUUUUCUAUCCCCAGCGCGUAUACCUACCGAUGGAGAUUUAUACCUAUGCUAGAGAGAUAACAGAUCCUUUCACCCCCGAUAAAAAUGAUUUGCGGGUAUUCUCUACCGAAGAGUUGCUAGAAGUUUUCCACGAUAUCGGACGAAAAUGGAGAACUAGCCAUUAUUACCAACAGCUUCAAGCGGCACUUGCUAAAGUAAACCCCCCUUUUGUCUUAGAUAAAAUCAUUGGUGUUGCAUUAGGGCACUUAACAUCAGGGACUCGACUUAACCAUGGCUCUGUCCUCCAGCAUACACUACUGUGGUGA